AAUAGUGAGCACUUCCAUAUUAAAAAUAAGUCACAAUGCGGCUGCCAGAGCUGAGCUUGGGCCUAAGUUUUCUGCACCUUUUAUUAAGCAUUUAUUGUACUAAUGCUCACUUGCCAAAUUUCGGGGACUACGAGUCUCGAUAUGGCCCGCGAAGACCCAAUUCCCAGGAUCCGGGAAACUAUGGUGGCGCCUAUUUGGACAACAGGCAGCUGAGAAAUAAUAAUAGACCUGGAGCAGCCAAUUUCGAAGAUGCCACAAACGUAGAUCAGCAGCGAACGCGUCGCGAGUAUCUGAUACGUUCCCAUGAAACACCAUCGGGGCACAACAAGUGCCGCAUAUGGGUGCCUCCUGAAACCGUAGAGAAGUACCCGCACGCCAGUGUCAUCCAGGCAGACCAAUCCAAGCGCCUGUCGCAGAUCGAGGUCUGCUGCACGGGCUACUCGGCCAGUCGCUACAGGGGAGUGACUGCCUGCCGGCCCCUGUGCGGAUGCCGGAACGGGAGCUGCCGGGCUCCGGGCGAGUGCGACUGUUACGAGGGCUUUGUGAAGAACGACAACGGCGACUGCGUCUUCGCCUGCCCACUGGGCUGCCAGAACGGCGUCUGCUACCUUGACGGCAGCUGCCAGUGCGAUGCGGGCUACAAGCUGGACGAGACGCGACGCUUCUGCCGGCCCAUCUGCAGCAGCGGCUGUGGCAACAGUCCGCGGCACAACUGCACCGAGCCGGAGGUCUGCGGCUGCGCCAAAGGCUACCAGCUAACGGACGUCGGUUGCCAGCCAGUCUGCGAGCCGGACUGCGGAGUGGGUGGCCUCUGCCAGGAGGACAACCAGUGCGACUGUGCACCGGGCUACAAGCGCAAGGAUGGCGUCUGCCAGGCUGACUGCUAUCAAAAAUGCAACAACGGCGUGUGUGUAAGCCGUAACCGAUGCAUCUGCGAUCCGGGAUUUAGCUACCACGAGGAGUCCACCAUGUGUGUUCCAGUCUAGAAGGAUUACUCACUUAUUUUGCGGGUCUUCUGACUUUGUUGGAGUAUUCGUGGAUAAUUUUAAUCGUAAAAAUAGGUUGCACCAGCAUUUAAUCCAAGUUUAAGAUAAUUUUAAUUUUAAUUUAUAGAAUUCAUAACUCUAAUGAAUGAAAAAAACUUUUCAGAACUAAAAACAGUAUCCAAGUUUAUAAAAACGAACAUUUUAAUAUGAAUUAUUAUUUGCUUGGCUUUUAUCUACUAAGUACUUGAUCACAAGGUUUACUUGUUUUGCUUUAAUUUAAACUUUUUUAUUGAAAUUAAAGUUCAUGUCAUUGACAACAUCCGGACUUAGGGGCGAUAACAAAAGUGCAGGCAAUAUUAGAAUAAACCCGUUAUCGUUAUUAUUAAGGUUGUUUUAAGUAACAAUAAACUAACAAAGUCGGCAAAAGCCCCGCAUGGA